AUUUGGCAUUCGAACAGAUCACUGUGUCCGUUCUGCAGAAAGCAUGUCGAAUCGUUACGCAGUUUCUCAGCUGACAUUACGAUAACGCAAAAAAACAAGGGGAAUAUAUUUUCGACCGAGUUCGAAAACCAACAGUGAAUUCAUUUGAUCUGACCCCGACAUCAUGAAGGAAGCUGAGCUUCGAGUUUUGGAUCGGAGUUCUCAUCCGAAGACCCGAGAUGCCCGGAUUCUUUGCCUCAGGGACAAAACAAUCCACAACGAUGUCCUUACGGUCUCUACGCUGAACAGCUUUCAGCAAAUUUCUUCCACAGUGCCACAAAAAGGAGAACUGAGAAUUACAACUGAAUUUGGGAAGAUGGUCGUUUCCCCCAACGAAAUCUGCCAAGGGAUGAAGUUCAGCGUCAGCAUCGAGGAACCAUCCCGAGGAUACGUGCUGGAAAUAUUCGACGGACACUUCCAGCUCCCGAAUCUAGGUCCCAUAGGAUCGAAUGGUCUGGCGCAACCGAGAGACUUCCUCACGCCGAUGGCAAAAUUUGAAGACAUUGAGGCAGAUUUCGCAGUGGUGAGCAAGUUCCAAGGACAAUUAUUCCAAGCCACGCAAGGUCACAGUCCCUUCGACGUGGUAGCCUGGCAUGGCAACUACGUACCGUACAAGUACGACCUGGCAAAGUUCGUGGUGAUCAAUUCCGUAUCGUUCGAUCACUGCGUGAGUCUCAUCGCAAGAAUAAGAUGCGCCUCCACAUACAUGGAGAUGAAAAUAAAUUUAUGGGACCCGUCGAUUUUCACGGUACUCACUUGUCCAUCGACGAAACCCGGAGUUGCGAUCGCAGAUUUCGUGAUCUUCCCGCCUCGUUGGUCAGUUCAACAACACACUUUCCGGCCUCCUUACUAUCAC